UAGAUCCAAAUUGAGUGUAAUCCAAAGUUCAUCUUUAUCUUCUUCACAAGAAGCUAUUUUUUAAUCACAAAACAUCCACACUUUCAGGAUAUUAAUAUUAUCACUAAAAGAAAUACAGUCAGGACAUUAUCACUUAAAAAAAUAAGGACAGAAAGAGACGGAGAGUAAUGGAAGAGUUGAGGCCAAGAAAAGCAAACUCAUCGCCUCUAACCCCACUAGGCUUUCUAGAAAGAGCAGCCACUGUGUACGGUGACUGCACUUCCGUCAUCUACAACACCACCACCUACACGUGGUCACAGACCUACCGUCGAUGUCUCCAAGUAGCCUCAUCAAUCGCAUCGCUCGGCAUCAAGAGAGGUCACGUGGUGUCUGUCAUAGCCCCCAACAUCCCGGCCAUGUACGAGCUCCACUUCGCUGUGCCCAUGUCCGGUGCUAUCCUCAACAACAUCAACACACGCCUCGACGCCCGUACGAUCUCCGUACUCCUCCGCCACAGUGAAUCAAAACUCGUCUUCGUUGAUCACCUGGCUUCCUCUCUCAUCCUCCAAGCUCUCUCUCUCUUCCCGCCCAAUACUCAACGCCCCCAACUCGUCCUCAUCACCGACGAUGAUGAUGAUGGUGGUGAUUCUCUCUCUUCCUCAUCAUCAUCCACCGUUGAUUUUUGCUGCGAGUACGAGAGUAUGGUGGAGAAAGGUGAUCCUGAAUUCAAGUGGGACGAAGACCAAUUCUCGGAGUGGGACCCGAUGAUAUUGAACUACACUUCGGGUACAACCUCUUCUCCGAAAGGCGUGGUCCACUGUCACAGAGGGAUUUUCUUCAUCACCGUUACUUCUUUGUUAGAUUGGGGUGUACCAAAGCAGCCUGUAUAUUUGUGGACCCUACCUAUGUUCCACGCUAAUGGAUGGAGCUACCCGUGGGGAAUGGCAGCCAUGGGUGCGACCAAUAUCUGCCUUCGCAAAUUCGAUGGACCAAUAAUCUUUGAUCUUAUCAAAAAACAUGGUGUGACUCACAUGUGCGGUGCACCUGUGGUGCUGAACAUGUUAACAAACUCACCCAACAAUGAAAAGCUUCAAAACCCAGUUCAGAUUCUCACAGCAGGGGCUCCACCACCAGCUGCCGUGUUGUUCAGGACCGAGUCGUUGGGUUUUGUGGUGAGUCAUGGCUACGGGUUGACUGAAACGGCUGGACUCGUUGUUUCGUGUGCGUGGAAACGAAAGUGGAAUCGUUUGCCAGCGAGUGAAAGAGCGAGGCUAAAGUCUAGACAAGGAGUGAAGAUUAUUGGGAUGACUGAAGUGGAUGUUGUGGAUGCUGAGUCAGGAGCGAGUGUGAAACGAGAUGGGUUAACACUCGGUGAAGUUGUAUUCAGAGGUGGGUCAGUGAUGCUUGGUUAUUUCAAAGACCCAGAGGGUACCUCUAAAUGUAUGACAGAGAAUGGUUGGUUUUACACUGGUGAUGUGGGAGUUAUGCACCCAGAUGGGUAUUUGGAGAUCAAAGAUAGGUCCAAAGAUGUGAUCAUAAGUGAUGAGGAUAAAAACACUGGCAAGGGUGACGGCACCGGUGGAGAGAAUUUGAGCAGUGUGGAAGUUGAGUCUGUGCUUUAUACACAUCCAGCGAUUAACGAAGCAGCUGUGGUGGCUCGGCCCGAUGAGUUUUGGGGUGAGACACCUUGUGCUUUUGUGAGCUUCAAGGAAAGGUUGAAAUCGAAGCCGAGCGAGAAGGAGAUUAUGGAGUUUUGUAGAGCUAAAUUGCCGCACUAUAUGGUGCCUAAGACAGUGGUGUUUAAGGAUGAACUGCCUAAGACUUCGACUGGGAAGAUUCAGAAAUUUGUGCUCAGAGACAUUGCCAAGGCCAUGGGCUCCUCAAGGGUGAGUCGGAUGUAGAGUUGAGUUGGCUGGACUUUAGUCAACAACUCGUGAAGGAAGGAUAUUGAUUAAUAUUAAUUUGGGUAAGAUUUUCUUAAUAAACUAUAAAAAAGUGUGUAAUGAAAAUUAUUACUUAGAAUUAAAAUCCAAUUUUGAAGGCCCCAAUUCUGAGAUAAAUGGGGGCUUUGUCUCUUCUACAUUUUA